AUGGCAGCGCUGAGACAGGAGCAUCGGUAUGGGCUCUCCUGUGGCAAAAUCAACAAAAACACCCCAAACCAAACUCUGUAUCACGUCAAACUCACUGACACUGCCAUCCGGACCCUCGAAGCCUACCAGAACUUGAAGGCAUCACUAUCGAACCAGCCAGCCAUUUGCUUCAAGGGGAGCCAGGGGUAUAUAAAGAUCCCAGCACCGACCCCUGAAUCCCCCGAUGGCUUCAGAAUCUUCUCCUUCUACCUGUCCAGUGACAGCAAAGACAAGCCUCAGUCCAGCUUUGACUGCAUUCACCAGUAUGUCUCAGGGGAGGGCAGGGACCACCUGGAGGGCCAGGGCAGCAUCCAGGACAAGAUCACAGUUUGUGCCACGGAUGACUCCUACCAGACGACCCGAGAGCGCAUGUCUCAGGUGGAGAAGGACAUCUGGAGCCGUUCAGCGAUUGAAAUCAAACCAGGGCCGAGUAAGUGUGUGAAGGUCCAGAGGAAGCAGGGUCUUGUAUCAGGCUCAGAUAGCAGCAACAGACACUCCCCAAGCAACAAGAGGAGCCUAGUUAGCAGCCCUGUGGCACACCGGCCCCUGAGGGAUCGCAUCAUUCAUCUCCUUGCCUUAAAACCCUACAAGAAACCUGAGCUGCUACUGUGGUUGGAGAGGGAGCGGGCGAGUCAAAAGGACAAGGCUGACCUGACCUCAGUGCUGGAUGAGGUUGCUAAACUAAACCCAAAAGACCACAGCUACUCUCUGAAGGAUGAUCUCUACAGACACGUUCAGAGAGACUGGCCAGGAUAUCUGGAGGAGGAGAAGCAGCUCAUCCACAGGCUCUUGAUCAGGAAACUUCAGCCACUCCACAGUAGCCAGUUAAGAAGCCCCCAGUCCAACCAUUCGUUCCACAAAACUCCAGGGGACUCUCCUUCGCAACUCAGCCCUGCCAAGAAUCUCUCUGUGAAACGCCCGCUGCCCACGGACCCUUCCCACUGCCAGACCCCCAAAAAACAAAGACUGUUAGACCAGAGUUUGCCUCUGCAGUCGCCCUCUCAUGGAGACUACGGCACCAAUGGGGUUUGUAGCUCCUCUGGUCACGGAAACUCCAGUGUACACAUCAAACUGGAUUUUGACAAAACCAACAAUCAUCUCCAGGGGAGCCCGAAUCGUCUUUACUCACCACACAAACUCAGCACAUCUUUUACCAUCCCCAAACUGGAGAGGUCAGAGCCAGCUCCUCCUGCACCCAGCCCAAAGCAUGCACGCACAAACAACACCAUCUGCACAGACCAGCAGUUCAACAACGGGCUACAUAAAAAGAAAAAAUCCAAAAAGCACAAAGACAAGGAACGAGAGCGCUUAAAACCAGACUGGAUUGAGACCAGUCCAGACCAGAAGCAGAACCUAGAAAACUUUAAAGACCAUAACGGAGAAAAAUCACCCAUCAAUCAGACUUCAGCAGAGGAGCUGCCGGAUUAUUUAAUAAAAUACAGUGCCAUAACAGCACUGCAGCAGCGUCAGCAGUACAAGGACGACUUCUGUGCCGAGUAUGAUGAAUACAGAGCUCUUCAUGACCGGAUUGGGGCUAUCACAGAGAUGUUUGUUCAGUUGGGCUCAAAGAUCAACACUCUCUCCCCGGGAACACAAGAGUACAAGCUCAUGGAGGACCAAAUACUACAGAAGUACCGGAAGUAUAAAAAAAAGUUUCCUGGGUAUCGGGAAGAGAAGAAACGAUGUGAGUACCUCCAUCAGAAACUGUCACAUAUCAAAGGCCUGAUCACAGAGUACGACCGAGCGCAGGAGCUAUCCUAGUACCUGGCCUUAACCCUCAGUGGGGUGUGAUAUGACUGGACCAAAAGACUCCUGGUGGACCCAAAGACUGCCCUGCUGGGUUCCAGGGGGUCGCAAGACACUAUUCACUUUACUCCUCCGAGUAUUUGUGGAAUCGGGGAGCGAGAUUUGGGCUGAGACCACCGACUAGUGAUCAAAAGUUGCCCUUUAACAUUUUGGUUUUCAAUGAUUAUCGCUAAAAUGGCUGGAUUUAGUUCUGCUGUAAAAUGGUCACAGUGAAAGCCAAAUCAUUUCUUAUAAAAUGCAAAACAGAUGUGAUCCUUUCUGCUUAAUUGCAUUUUACUUUACCUUCAUGUUGUCAGAGCUAAAAAGCAUUGAUUUAUAAAAAGUAUUACAUUGAUGGUACAAUCAGUCUUAAGAGAAAACAAAUGCUAUUUUAGUCUUUAUAUUUAACAUUCAGAGGAGUUUAUCACUGUUUGCUGACACCAAGUCAAAUGUCAUCAUUCAAUCACAGCAAUUAUUCCUACAAUGACAACAGUAUGGAUGUGCCAUGAGCUCUCUGUGACAGAAUGCAAUCACUAUUCACCCAUUGGACCCUUUAAUUUAGCAGGACUUAGGCUCAUCAAAUGUUUACCUCAAUGUGUAGCUAAAUUGAGCACAUGCUGUAGUUAAGUCUAAAUUUAUCAUGUUCUAAAGUGUGCAAGUAUUUCUACACACAAUUUGAGGUUUGGAUAGGUUUCUUUGGGCUUCGAUUCUAAAGAUUUCACCAUGUAGCUUUCUGCCAACGCCCUGUGUCAAUUCUAGGAAAUGUCUGAAUGCCACAUAACCUAACCACUCCUCCCAGUACUAAAAUGCUGGUUUUCAAGGCGCUGCUUUUGCACAUUUAGAGUCAAGUUCACCCACAUGUAGCCUGCCAUGAGCUGCCUUUUAAUCAUAACUAACACCUCUCUGAAGUCUUACGGUUACAGGUGUGUUUACAUAUACUCAGUUCAUUGUGUAAUCAUGCUUAUGUACGCUUUAGAUGAAUGAUCAAGACUAUUCACUUUACAUUAAGUGUAAAUCUUACAGGGUAUUUAUCUUAACUAAUCAUGCUUGCCCACAGUUUGAUUUACUGUUAUUGGCUUGAAACUUAACUAAGUAUGAAUGCUUCACUUAGUUAAGAUUACAUUUAGCUGGACAUGAAAGACAUGCCUUUAUCUGUAUCUGUAAAUCAACGAGGGUCACUCAAUGACUUCACUUUGCUUCAGUUGUGUGUAAUGCACACACACGCCUUUGGAGGGUGCUAGUUGGAAUUUUAGGCUUCUAUUCUUCAAGGCAGAUUGAUCUGAAUAACCUCAACGUGCAACUGUUUUUCAUCUUCAUUAGCUGUGGCCUGCAGUAGUAAUCGUGCUCAGAUUUCAGUGUUCUCUGAACUUUUGCAUUGAUGUAGCUGUGCUAACAACUGUUGUCUUAAUGAUGCCCUAACAUGGGAGAAAGAUGUAUAGAUUUUGCCUUAACUAAUGUGUCAGACAUUUCCAAAAUUGUGUUCUUCAGGAGGUUCUUGGAUAAACCUGCACAGUUUAAAGCAUACUUUUUCACUUACGUCUUUUAGUUUGAAUGAAACAUUAGUUACUGGAUAGUUGUUGUGCAGCAGUUGUCUGUAUCGGUUGUUUUUGUGUUGUUUUGUUCUCCUGAACGUCUUAAUCAUUUUCUUUGUUAGCUUCAUUUGCUGUUUCAUAAUCUGUCAGAUUAAUAUAAAAGAUUGAAUUCACGGUCACCAUAUCAAGCAAAGAUAUCAACAACAAUCACUACAAGAAUCUGCUUUUCUCAUUUCUAAAUGCAAACACUAAGAACGUAGUCACAUACAAAGCUGCUGAUGUGCAAAAGAAUAACAAACCUUUGUGUUUUUUAGUAUUUAAGGACGCUUGAAGGACUUGAGGUAAGUCACUUUGUCUUGGCACAUAUGAAAGUUUCCAUGAAAGGAAUAUUUAUAAGCACUGAUUAUUGAAAACUCUAAAUUUUAGGCCGGCUCGUGAUCAAUUAUUUUUAGGGUUCGAUGCCAUUGAAGAUUAAAAAAAAAAACCUUGAUUCUUAAAGUUCUGGUUCAUCUACACAAAUGUUUUCAUCAUUCUGGCUGUAUUCAUCUCCUCUCAGGACCAGAUUUAACAGGAUUUUAUGAUUCUUUGAUGAAAAUGCUUUUUGGGGAGCUUAGUUGGCAUGCUUUAUGGCUCUGCCCAAGCUAAUGACGUGUUUGGUUGUGGUACUGCAUCCGGAAAUAAAUGAGGCAUGGCUCAGUUGUACGUAAAGCCAGCAGCACACAGCCUGUUAUGACAGUUAAAUAAUUUAUUUGUUUCACAAAAAAGGUACUGAAACAUUAUUAUGAAUAACGGUUGGAUAGUAGUGUCUGCCUGAAUAAUACAAAGUAUCAAUUAUACAAUUAAUAUCAACAGUAAUAAUUGCAUAGUGGGAGACAUCCUGGAGCACAGUAUCAGUCGUGUCAAAUGGUUUGAUUUACUGAGUCCGUUCGUAUUUACUGAAAUGAAAUCUUUUGAGAAAGUGUUCCCAAGUGCUAACUGUGAUGUUUAUUGAGGAGCUAACUACUGAAGGUGCCUUUUUCAUUCAGAGCAGAGCCACUCUGCAUGUAAUCAUGAUUGGUAUUAUGAAAUGUUUUUAAAACAGGGCCAGCAGUAUUACAUCUGUAGUUUCACACUGUUGCCACUUUUCAAAGUGCUUUUUUAUUUUACAAGUUGAAGUUAGAGGCCUUUACACUUUUUUGGCAGUGAUAUCUUAUAGAAAAUAGUCCCAGAAAUACUUCAAUAUUUUAAAAAUGUUAAGCGUUUAUGGACACAUUUGAAACAGCAUAGAUCAGUAGCCAUUUGUAUUCAUGUUUGAUGAAAAAACCCUGGAAAUUAUUUCCCCAAACUGCUACAAGGUGUGUUUAAUUGGUCUAUUGGUACAGGGGAAAGCAACCCCUGUAUGGAAAUGUGAAAUCAAACAUUUUCCCAUUAAAUCACUGCAGCUGAUCUGUUUAGGACAUGUUUCUUUAUUUAUUGCUUCGUCUGUGUUUGUCCUUUUUUCUGGAAUUUAUCUUUGCAAUAGUUAGUUCAUUUUUCCACAACAAAACUCAAACGUGCGGUGAAAGGGAAAUGGAAUAUAUUUUUGCAAUUUUUAAUGGUGGAUGCUUUACCACAGUGUCAUCCUUUUGAGAAAAAGCUUUCAGAAAAAGUGUAUUGUUGUCUCAAUAUAAUUGAAA